CUGUAUCUGUUGAUAUAAUAAAAGGAAUAUAAAUUAUGGUAGCGGCGACGAGAACCAGGCAUCCCCAGAGGCAGGUCAGGAAGGGAAAGCGCUAUAACGUCGACGAGCUUAUCUCGGCUAACGCUGGCGUCGACGAGGAGUCUGAUAUUGAAGAAAAUGAUAGCGGCAGCGAAGAUGAACAGGCACGGUUGAGUGAACUGCAAGCAGAAUCUGAAGAUGACGACGAGUACAUUUCUCCAGGAAGAAAGAAGAGAAGAACGGCGGGCUCGAACAAACUGUCGAAAAAGACCAAGAUCCAGAGAAGAAUACCCCAAACAGCAGAAGAGUUAGGUGAUGAUUUUGAGGAAAACAAAUUGUACAGAGCAUUAAGCGAUCCCGACGCUUCUAUUGAACGGUUGGCGUUGGACUGGAUUGAAGAGUACUCCAUAGGAGGCCAGAAUGGCUCAAUAGAGUGUGUGACCACUUUGGUGAAUUUGAUUCUUAGAUGCUGUGGAUGUAUUCAUUUAUUGCAACCUCACGAUUUAUCGAAUUUGAGUUCGGCCAAAGAGACAAUAGGCGAGCUUGAAAUUGCAUUCAGGAGCCAGAAGAGCCAUGAAUACCCGUUCAUUUCAAAUAACAAGAACUUGAAGUUUUUCAAAGCCAAUGUUGUGGAAUUCUUCGAAGAGAUUGUGGCUUUGAGCCACAAGAAAGGUUUAUUAUACAUUGAAAGAGGCACCAGUGAGGAAGGUGAGUCCUUAGCAUCACCACUAGUGAAUCAGGUAUUCACGUGGUUGUUUACGUUGACCACCUGUCCUAUCAGACCUUUAAGGUACGUAGCUACAACUGUAUUGUUGGUUAUUCAGACUCAAUUGAGUAGGGCAUUUCUGGAGGUAAAUGGUCUUUUGGAAAAACAUCAACGUCAAUUGAGUAAUCUCAGAAAGGCGAAAAGAAAGCAGAAGGCUCAAAUCGACACGGUCCAGAAUAUCGUCGAGGACUUCAACCAUAAAAAUGAAACUUUGAAGGAGUAUUUUAGUGAUGUUACCGAUGUGGUGUUUGCUAACAGAUACCAUGAUAUUGAUCCCAUGCUCAGACAAGAGUGUGCUUCUGCUCUUGGAGAAUGGAUGUUGACUGCAUCUGACGUAUUUUUGCAGAGCUCUUAUUUGAAAUUCUAUGGCUGGUUGUUAUCAGAUCCAAACAAUAGUGUCAGAAGUGAAGUCACAAAGGUUUUGCACAAGUUAUACAAGCAGCAAGCAUCAUUGGGAGGUGAAGGGUAUCCUUCUCUCAGAGUGUUCUCAGAUAAGUUUAAAGGCCAGAUGAUAAAGAUGUGUCAAAUAGAUCAAGACCCACACGUAAGGAGCUACUUGACUUUGAUACUACAGGAAAUGAUAAAAUUGGAUUAUUUGGAGUACAGUGAACAAACCCAGAUUAUCCUGAGUUUCAUGGUAUCG